AUGGCGUUAAAUGCGUAUCUUAGUUCAAUUCUCAAAGCUAAAAGAGUCGAGGCACUUGAGCAUUUUCAGGACUUCUUUGAAGUUCGUAACAACCAGGACAAAACCCUAGGAGAUUCUCAGCCAGGACCCUGCAAUCCUCAGACUGCUGGUGUGGAAACCAGUCAGCUUACAUCAGCUCAGAUCCAGGAGAUGGCUACAUUGAAUCAAAAAGUGAUGGCAUCUGCAUUUUCUAACUGCCCUGAGUCUCUCUGUAUCAAGAACUCAGCAGCACAUCCAGGAAAAGACAUCAAUAUCCAUUUUGGAGAGUCAACUGAUGCCUUCCUUCCAGUGGGUAGCCAGCCUCUCUGUGACGGUCUUCCCCAAACUCCUGGAUUGGACCUCGUUCACCAUGGGGGCACGUCCCCACGAUGGACUGAGGAAUACAACCUGUUCCAGUGUCUGGACACCACUCCCAGCUGGGAAGAUAAUUCCUUGGGUCAAGUGAAGACCACCUCAGGAGAUGAGUAUGUCUGCUCAGGACAGAAGCCAUCACCCACGGUUGGAGGAAGCCCCAGUGUUCCGAUGACUUCAGUUGGAAACCAAACCCUACAUGUGGAUGGUGCUACAUCCCCUGCCAGAUCCUUUGGGACCAAAGGUCAAACUCGGGAGAGCUCUUCAGAUUUCCCUUCUGGCCUGGGACAGCUUCCACAAGAGAAGUCACACCAGGACACUCAGAGUCCUGGGACUCGAAAGAAUUCUCCCACUGGCAGGUUCUUCUGUACCUACCAGGGCUGUGGGAAAUCUUACACAAAGUCUUUCCACCUCAAAGACCACAUGAAGAAGCACACUGGGCAGAAGGCCUAUGUGUGCAGUGAGCCCGGAUGCCAGUGGAAAUUUUUCCGCUCUGGAGAUCUCCAAAGACACAAAAGAAAGCAUGGUGGACAGCGACUUCACCCUUGUGCCAGGUGCAACAAGAAUUUUUCCAGACUGAAUUAUCUCAAGCAGCACCAGAGGGUCUGUCCUGGAGCCUUAUCAAAGCCAGGAAGCUGA